AUGUCUUCUCUAACUCAGCCCAUGCCGUACUACCCGACCACCUCCAGCCCCAUCACGCGCGCGCAGCCAGCCACCGCCUCCAGGGGCUCCUUCGUGCCGGUCUUCACCGUGCUCGGCGUCAUCUCCUUCCUCGCCGUCGUCGCCUGCGUCGCGGGCCGGCUCUGCGGCCGCCGCCUCUCCAGGAAGAAGUCCUCCUACUCCGACCAGCACUACUACGGCACCGACGCCGUGGGCGGCGACCUGGAGAAGGGCUUCGAGGUCAAGUACCCGCCCAUGAAGCCCAUGCCGAGCUCCCGCGCGGUCAUCCACGACAUGGACGACGGCUUCGAGAUCAAGUUCGCGCCGGGGAAGCCCGCGGCGUGGAAGACCGACAGCAAGCCCGACGGCAGAGGGCGCCAGCAGCACCAGCAUCCCCAGGUUGGCGUCGCCAUGCCCAGAGAGUACGCGGGUUUCAGGUACCCUGCAGCCGCCAACGGCGCGGUCAGGCAGGGGCAAGUCAGGGGCGGAACAUUCGUCUCUGCAAAGCCCUAGUAGGGUAGUAGUACAUGAUCCAUCGAUCAUCAAAGGGGUAGCUUAGGUUCACAACUUGGAUGUAUCUCAUAAUAUGAUACGCAAUGUCUGCUAGCCAUGCAUCGGCGAUAGUAUCUUCACUCUAGCUAGUUUUGGGGCGUGCUCUGCAUAAGUCUGUACUAGUUCCCAGUCACUUCCAUAUUCUAUUUGUACAUUCAACCAUUAAGCAAGCAGUGAAGGAUAUCUAGU